UCCCCCGUCCUUGCGGGCUUCCUACAACGUAGAAAGCGUCUCAAGGCAGUCACUGUUCUCAUGCCUCCUCGACGUCCUGGACGAGGCCGUGGUGGGCCUGCCGGUGGUCCUCCUGCUGCAGGCCGCGGCGGUGCCCCUGCCGCCGGUCACGGUGCUGCAGCAGGUGGUGGGCCACAGGUGCCGGCCCAACACGUACAAGCCGUUGGUGUGCGGCGGCCUCCUCCUGGAACGUCAGGCCGACGACUUAUGGUUACGACGAAUCACUAUGCUGUUGAUAUGGCCACGGGCACAAUACAUCACUAUGACGUGGUCGUCACGCCAGACACACUCCCUGCUAAAUUUAACUUCAUGCUCGUGAACCGCCUGCAAGAAGUUAUUGCUCCCGCAGUCUUCACCCCGCGCGCUGCGUACGAUGGACGCAAGAAUAUGUUCGCGCCGCAGGAACUUAAUCUCGGCCAGACCCGAAGUGCAACGUUCGAUGUGACAACGGAAGACCCGGAUCCGAACAAUACGUCUGGUAAAGGUCCCAAAGUAUACAAGAUCAGACUGAGUUGGGUAGCCUCCAUCAACUCUGAGGUUCUGGCUCGUUUCCUGCAAGGCCAACAGUCAAAUGACAAUACUAUUUUGACUGCCAUAACUGCAUUGAACGUCGUCAUCAGAAUGCAGCCCUCGCUCCUGCAUCCGUUCAAUGCGCGUUCCUUCUUCACAAACGCCGAGACGAGAGAUAUCGGUGGCGGCAUCGAGUUAUGGCGCGGCUACUUCCAAUCGAUACGCCCUGCAAUUCGGAGAAUGUUGAUCAACGUCGACAUCUCUACGGCUGCGAUGUACAAGGAUGGCCCGCUGAUGAACACCUGUCUCGCCUUCCUCAACUUCAGGAACCCCGCCGACCUGACGAUAGGACGUUUCGAAGAGCGGGACCGCCUGCGCCUGAGUCGAUUCAUCAGUAACCUUCGCGUCGAUGUACGGGCUCUACCGCCCGUCCAGCCGCAGACAGGGCCCCGCCGUAACCGCAGGCCCCGCGCGAUCCAAGGCGUGACCAAAGCUGCCGCGUCUGGCAUAAGUUUCGAACGGAACGGCCAAAAGAUCACCAUCGCACAGUACUAUCGUCAGGUGUAUAACUACAACUUGAAGUUUCCGAACAUAGUCUGUGUUGAGGUCGGAAACAAGGGCGACAUCAUACCGAUCGAGCUAUGUGAAGUCAUACCUGCACAAAUGAUCAAGAAGCAGCUUUCGCCAGAUGUCACCAGCAAGUUCGUGGAAUUCUCGACGAAGGUACCCGCUGAACGACUGCAGAGCAUCCAACAAGCAUUCGGUGUACUCGCCUACGGGCAGUCUGAAUAUGUCCGUCAAUUCGGCCUUACAGUACAACCGAAUGCGCAGCCGCUGAGCACGCCGGCACGCGUCUUGAACCCGCCGACGCUGCGGUAUGGCCCAGGCUCCAAACAACCGACGGUUGACCCGCGCUCCGGAUCGUGGAACCUAGUGGACAAGAAGUUUCAUACGCCGAAAGGCUUCGACCGCUGGGUCGUGAUCGUGUACGAGAAUCCGCGGCGAUUUGACGUGCAGGUUGCCCAAGGAGUCGUCCGAGGGCUCUUGACUGCCUGUGAUGCAGUUGGUAUGCCUGUUCGGGAACGUGAUCCCAUCAUCAGGCACGAGAAUCCACAAGGACAGGUCUCCGAGCAACUGAAGGCCGCCGGCCAGGCAUGCAACCAGAAGAACAAGGGGUUCCCGAACCUCAUUGUUGCGAUCAUCCCCGAUGGUGCGACAGAUCUCUAUGUUGCUAUUAAGCACUUUGGCGAUGUAUUGACCGGAGUCCCGACGCAGUGCAUGAAAGCAAACAAAUGCGCCAGGGCGAGGGAGCAAUAUUACGCCAACAUAUGUCUGAAGGUCAACGUGAAGCUCGGUGGUGUCAAUUCUAUCCCGGACCCUCGUUCCGUCGCGUUCCUGACCGAUCCCAAGAACCCAACGGUUGUUAUGGGAGCCGACGUCAUGCACCCCCCUCCAGGAGCAAAGGAUCGGCCAUCAUUCGCGGCCCUCGUCGCCAACGUCGACUCGCACACCUCAAAGUACGUCGCGGACCUUCGCGUGCAAACCGGGCGGCGGGAGAUGAUCAACGAUCUCGAGGAUAUGAGUCAGCGUAUGCUCAGCAUGUAUAUGAACUACGGGAAGAACGUAGAGAAGAAGGCCAAUUCGGAGCCGAAGCGCAUCAUCUUUUACCGAGACGGCGUCUCUGAGGGAGAAUUUCAACAAGUUGUAGAUCUCGAGCUCCCGCGAUUGCGAAAGGCGUGCCAGAACCUCAAGAUCAACCCCAAGAUCACCUUGCUGAUCACAGGGAAGCGGCACCAUGUCCGGUUCUUCCCUCAGAACCCGCGAGAUGCGGACAGAAGCGGCAACUGUCAAGCGGGCACCGUCGUCGACGAGGAGAUCGUGAAUCCGAUCGAAUUCGACUGGUACCUCCAGAGCCAUGCUGGGCUGCUGGGCACCUCGCGACCUGCGCACUACAUUGUGCUACACGACGAGAACAACCUCAACUCCGACGGAUUGCAAGCGCUGACGUUCGCGCUCUGCCAUGUCUACGCUCGCGCGACGAGGUCGGUGUCCAUUCCGGCACCGGUCUACUAUGCGCACAUUGUCUGUUCGCGCGCCAAAAUCCACUACGACCCAUCGGAGCAGCUGAACCUCUCGGAUUCGGCGACGGUCGUCUCGGACGCGGCGUCCAUCUUGGAGAAAUACAAGGAUAAAUUCAAGCGCGUGCAUGGCACGCAAUCUUUCUUGAUGUACUUCUCCUGAACAUUCGCGAUGCCCAACAAUCUCCGAAUUCUUGAUACUAUGUCACUUACUGUCUGGCUCGCUACAAUGUUCCAAAAAUGACCUAUAACUGACGAUCUACACGCGGAACCUUGUAUGGUGCUAUCGCGCUGUCCUUGUUGAAUCGUAUUGUACAAUGUAUCGAAACGUCACCAAUCUUCCAUUCUACGCAUGUGUACCUCUUAUAUAACAAUGCAGAUCUUGAUACUCGAAA